AAUUCGUUUGGCCGCAAAAAAAAAAAAAAAAACAAAAAACAAAAAAAAAAGAAUUAAGUUUUUUUUAAUUUUUAAAUAAAAAAAAUUAAAAAGAAUUAUUUUUUUCUUUGUCAUUAAAAAGAAUUAUUUUUAGAUCACGGUUUUUAGAGUUCUCUGAAUAUAAGUUUUUUUUUUUAAAAAUUUUUAAAUUGAGUUUUUUAUUAUUUUUUUCCAAAGUUGGAGAUAGAUACCUGGUAGCCCACAAGAUAGGACGUUGGUCUCGUCUGUCAAAUAAUUGGCCCAAACAAAAUGGUCCUUUAGCAUGAGGGGGCUUGGUCCAUAAACAUUUGGAUGGGCUUUUUAAGAAAAAGAUCCAAACUGCAGGACUGCAGAUAGAGAUUCCAUGGAGUAAUCCUAUUGCGUCUAUUUUUAUUUAGAGUGAGAACUUCCUUUCUCGACCAAAAAUCCAAUCUUUAAAACAAAAAAUCCAAUCUUUGUUUGUCCCAUGAAGAAACUAGUGCUCAUAUUCAAUCUCACACUUUGUGCCUAUGCAGAGAUUAUUAGCUAGAAAUUAUGAGUAAAAGAACGCAAAAGCACGAGGCUAAUGCAGCAUUCGAACAACUUCCUGAAUUUAGCAAGCUCAAGCACUUGACAUUGCAACUUGUAGCAGAUUAUUUUUCAAAACUUCUCGUUUGGACUACCUUGAUAAAUGGAUCACCUUUGCUGCAUAAAUUUAAAUUGCAGAUAGAAUAUUUGGGACCUCGUGAGAAGCGAUAUGAAAGAAAAAUGCUUGAAGGUGGCAAUUGCCCCCAUCAAAGCCUAAAGGAGGUGGAAUUGGCUGGGUUUGUUGGCCGAGUUAUUGACCUCGAGUUUGCCCACUACUUGAUUAAGAAUGCCGUCACAUUGGAGAAGAUUAUAAUUGAUCGUCAUUGUACAAUUCGUGCUAGCAGACCAAGCCCGUGGCUGUUUGAGGAAACCAAGGAGAAACAAUGCAAAACAGCGUGCUAUGGAACUCCAAAAAAGUCUACCUUCAAGAAUAAAAAUGGAAAUUAUUUAAUCUUGCUCAACUACAUUUCGUUGCUGCUUGAUGUUUAGUUUGUUCGUAGUUCUAAGAUAAUAAGUUGAUUAUUGGCAAUUUGUUUGUACUUCUAAGAGAGUUUCGUGACUCUAACUAUUACUACUACAACAUCUAGUCCGCGCCUUUUUCUAGCUGGGGAAGGACAGGUAGAUUUCUCGGAGUUUGAGUUCGUUUAUUUCGUCGGAGCUUGGUUCUUGUCCCCCGAGAAUUAGCUGCUGUUUGAAAAAAUUUGAGGGACGUAGAGUGAGUGUGGAGUUACUUGCUGAAGUAAUAAAUAAAAAUUCUCCUAAUGUUUUAUAAGCUGUUAUUGAAAGUAGAACUGUUAAUUUUAAAUUCAUA